UUUUCAAAAUAUUGUUGCAAUUUAUACCAUUUUUCCAGGUGUUCCCACGUGAUGGAAAGUGCUAGAGAUUUGGAAAGAGAAUGGUUAUGUUUUCAGACAUUAUAUAUGGAUGGAACUACGAGGGAAAGUCCAUAUUCGCAAGGAAUACGCGAUUAUUAUAAGAGGAAAAUUAGACCUAAUCUUACAAGGAAGUUUUUUGGUGUUUUAAUCUGUGGACAAUGCUUAUCUUUAUUGUUAUGUGCAACCGGUGUUGCUAAUCAAAAACUUGUGAUUGCUUGUGGUGUAAAGAUUCCAGGAUUCAUUUCAUUUUGUACCUAUAUCCUGCUUGCAAUUGUGUUCACAACAAAACUUGCCUGGGGAACCGAAGAAGCAACAAACAUUUUAAAAGAAAGAUGGUGGAAAUACAUCUUAAUUGCAAUAGUUGAUGUUUAUGCAAACUUUUUAGUGUUCACAGCUUAUGAAUAUACUAGUUUAACAAGUGUUCAGCUUUUAGAUUGCCUCAGUAUACCAGUUGUGGUAUUUUUAUCAAUUGCAUUUUUGAAAGCAAAGUAUAGACCUGUUCACUUCUGUGGUGUUUUUGUAUGUGUGGCUGGAUUAGGAUUUAUGGUUUGGGCAGAUUUUACAUCCAGAACUAGCCAAGGACCUCAACCAGGAAAUCAUCACAGUGCACUGUUAGGAGACUUCCUAGUGAUUGCAGGUGCAUGUUUGUAUGCAGUCAGUAAUAUUGCUGAAGAAUUUGUUGUUAAGACAUCAACCAUUACAGAAUUCUUGGGAAUGAUGUCAUUUUUUGCCUGCUUUUUCUCUGGGGCCAAUGUAAUUCUUUUUGAGAGGGGUAAUUUGAGCCAUGUCAUUUGGGAUCCCGAAACAAUAUUGUACCUAGCGCUCAGUGUGAUAUCUAUGUUUCUGUUCUACUUCCUGAUGCCUCUAUUAAUCUACCACAGUAGUGCAACUAUGGUUAAUUUGAUGCUGCUCACAGCUGAUUUAUAUUCCUUAUUUGCUGGACUCUAUCUAUUUGAUUAUAAAUUCUCCAAUCUCUACAUCUGGUCAUUUGUUAUCAUUCUGUUGGGUGUCGUCAUCUUCAAAGUAUUCCCCACCCCAUCCAGGGUGGAUGCCCCGACCUCGGAGGGUGAGGGGACGAGCAUAUCCAGCGAUAGUGAGGGAGACGAGGAUUCUUCGACAGAACAUCUUAUCCAAUGACAUACAACGGCGAUAACUGACGAGACAGCCAAGUUUUAUGCUACCAAGUUGGUUAACAAUCUUCGCAGAACCUGGUCUCGAGUGAUGGUCGUAAGUUCUAUAUCAACUUAACGUAAGGUAUGGACAUGAUUCAGGGAAUCGUUUGGCCGCUUGAAACGUCAUCCAUAAACCACACGAGUUUCUUGUGUAUAUCGUUAACUAAGCAAUCAUCCUGGAUUAAUUUUGAAGUCGCGGACAUCACGCGAGAUACUUUUAUUUUGCACAUAAUCGCGAAUGGUUCCUAUGGAAAUAACAUACACUUUCCACUAUCUGAUGAGUUGGGGUCAUCGAAGGAAUUGUGCCUUUCUAUGAGGUCAUUUAAAGGGGAUUUCAUGCACAACGUUACAUAAACCUGUUUUUAUCGAUUACUGCACUCUGCGCUAGCUGGAGCCGCACCUGGCUUAAUUCCAUCGCGCAUGUCAGUUAUUAACACGAACUCUUUUUAACGAAUGUCCUGUCCUAUUUUUUAUGAGAUAACAUGAAAACUCAGACACAGAAAUGAAUUGAACGUAAUACCAUGUGAAAAUUCAUGUGGAAACUCCUGGAUAUCUUUCGAAAAAUAUUUCAUUCUGUUACGAUAUUUGUCAUCAAGUAGCGACUGUCAUUACCGAACACUUUGAUGAACUUUCAAACGACUUCGUAAUGAGUAAAAAAAAACUGGAAACGAUUAAACACAGGAAAAUAAAGAUCUAUACUGUUACUAUAGUUCCAGAAUCUCUGCCUCUUGCCAGAUCUUGGCUGAUAAUCACGACACGGUCAAAGCAACACAAGUAAACACGCAUUUUAUAGUUUUAUUAUACUCCUGAUAAAUAAAAUGAUGAUAAAAUAUUUUAUAUUUUAUUUUCACAUAAUUAAUAUAGCCCAUACGUCAGUGCUCUCAUAUGGGCAAUUUCAAAGCGAAGACAUGCAUGUUUAGCAAAAUUAGCCUUUCGUGUUAGAUAGCUCGUGUUAUUUAAAAUUAGUUUUUUUGCUUGUCUAAAAAAUAGGAUCCCAAACCAUUCAUCUGAAUCAUCUGUUAUCUUGGGCCUGAGAAUCAACGUCGGUUGGGGGGCACUUAACUUUAAGCGCGCCUUUUUUACCGAAAAAAGAGCACGCAUAUUCAAUUCAUGAAAAAAAUUCUCAAGUGGCAGCUCUUAUUGCGUAAGUGCUCGAAAAAAGACGACGUGCUGGUUAAGAAUGCGAGAUUUUAAAGAGGAGCUGAGUUGUAAGACGUGCAGCCUUGCAGGUGAGACAGGUGUAAUUAUAAUCGAAAAUUCUUGGAGGAAAAUAUCUCUCUGCCACUCUCUUCAUUGUCGAUGUUUCUCAAUAUUAUAUAGAGUGUCAUUAUUUACGGAAGUGCUCGUUUUUUUACCAUAAUGAUGUAUCUGAAUUGGAUAAGACCAAAACGGUUACCUUCGCAUUCCUGAUAGAUGUUUUUAAAAUGGCUUAAGCAUUCCUUCGUAUGAAACAGGCUACGCGAGAGUUUUGCCAAGAUUUCUUUCCCAAACAAAGCUUUAGCACUUCGUAAUUUUUUCCAGUAAGGCCAGACAAAACAGCGACAGCUGCAUAUCGUAAUGUUGAUCGACAAAAGCCUAAAAAUAGGAUCAUAAUGUCAUCUGUCCCGAAGCUCUCCUUCUUCAACAUCAUUUGCAUGCCUCGCUCUUUUUAACUAGAAUUUAAUUAAACUCAACGCGUAAAAUCUCGAUUUCACAGAGAUUGUGGUAAUUGGUAGGCAGAAAAAAAUUCCCUCAGGAUACCUCCUAUCUAGAAGACUAAUGUAUUUCGUCUAUUCUUUAUUAAUUGAUUUGUUCAAAAUUUGUCUAGCAAUACUUAUGAUGUACUUGAAAAUAUUCAAGAUAUACUUAACUUAAGUGAAACUAGCUUUAGUGUACAGUCAGAUGGUUGAGUAGUUUUGAUAAAUGCUGAAGUCAAUAUCAGAUCUUAUGCAAUACCAUUUUAUAAAUAUCUUUUGGCAUUCACAUGUAAUCCGUGAGGUAUAUCCGCGUUCAUAAAUCAUGCUAAAGAGGAGUUGUUUGAAACAGAGAUUCGAGUCUAUCUUGAGGAAUUUUGUUAAAGUGGUUUUCCAUAUUGAAUUAUUUUUACAGUAGCUACAUUAUGACCAUGUUUGGAACCAUUGUUCAUCGUAAGACCAAACAGAGAUUGUUGAGAACACUGAUUCAUAGCUUAUUAACCUCGUUCUAAUCAGCUCAGAAUUGCAUCUCAACCAGUCGUUUUAGUCCGGCUAAGCAAAUUUUGUUAUAAUAAGUAUCUAUUCGUUCCAUAUUUGAUUGUUUUCACAAUGUUAAUGAAAACCAAAAUAUCAGCAUGGCAGGACUGAAUCGUCAGGCUUGCGGCCUACACUGCAUGCAUGUGCUACAAAUUAACAUUAAUUCAGUUCGGCUUAUGCCAGAUAUCUUAUAAACAAACGUAUCUACCGCGUCUAAACAUGGACUUACAGUGCUUUAGCUUUUUUGGUGCAUAGCAGAAACGCCCUUCCCAAACAAGCCUCGAUAUAAUUCAAUAAGAUGGUAAUUUAAUAACUAGUUAACCAUGCAUACGUCGGCCUGUUUGAUAAUGUUGAAAAACAGGAAAUCGUGGUUAUAUUAAAAUUAAAAUUAGUACAUCUUUUUAUCGUCAUAGCUAUUAGCAAAUAUUGGGAAUUUAUGCGGCAAGUUUUAUUCCGAAAAUAGUUAUGAUGAUCAGUUUAUUAAAAGCAACAGAAAGUGAA